AUGUCUUUCAACCCUGACGUUGGCGAAAUCGUCGCGCAAAACGCCGGAGCCGUAGAUAUAAAAGUUGAAAGUUUAUCGGUUGCCCGACCUUUAGUGUCGGUGUACUCGGAGAAGUCCGAGAUAGUGCAGGGAGUCGCCCAGCCGCUCCCAUUCGUGUUCAAGUCCUCAAUCCGCCCUGACCUGGUCAACAAUGUCCAUGUGUCGAUGUCCAAGAACGCGCGACAGCCGUAUUGCGUGAGCAAGGAGGCUGACUAUUUUGUAUCAACCAGGUCCGGGCAGGGAGCUUUCGGCAACAUGUGCCGCGGUGGUCGCAUGUUCGCGCCAACUAAGCCGUGGCGGCGCUGGCACCGCCGCGUGAACCUGCGCCUGCGCCGCGCAGCAGUCGCUUCAGCCGUUGCCGCCUCCGGCGUACCAGCCCUUGUGCAGGCUAGAGGUCACAUCAUCGAGAAAGUGCCCGAGCUGCCCCUAGUGGUCUCCGACAAGGUCCAGGAAAUCAACAAGACCAAGCAAGCCGUCAUCUUCCUGCGCCGCAUCAAGGCCUGGUCCGAUGUGCUUAAGGUGUACAAGUCGCAGCGCCUGCGCGCCGGCAAGGGCAAGAUGCGCAACCGCCGCCGCAUCCAGCGCAAGGGCCCACUCAUCAUCUACAACAAGGACCAGGGUCUGACCCGUGCUUUCCGCAACAUCCCUGGUGUCGAGAUGCUGCACGUAAACAAGCUAAACCUGCUGAAGCUUGCGCCCGGCGGCCAUGUUGGAAGGUUCAUCAUCUGGACACAGUCUGCUUUCGACAGGCUUGACUCUCUGUUCGGUUCAUGGAAGACGCCCUCGAAGGAGAAGAAGAACUUCAACCUGCCGCAGCCUAAGAUGGCGAACACCGACCUGAGCAGACUCCUCAAGUCUGACGAGAUCCGCAAAUGUCUCAGAGCGCCCAACAAGCGGGUAGUCCGCGCUGCAAGAAAACUGAACCCCUUGACGAAUGCUAAGGCGAUGCUAAGGCUGAACCCGCACGCGGCUGUUAUGAAGAGGAAGGCGGUUCUGGACCAGAACAGGAGGAACAACUUGAGAGCUUUGGCCGUUGCUGAGAAACGUGGUAUUAAGAUGGCGGAGACCGAUCCAGCGAUGAAGGCGGAGAAGCUGAGGGAAAAGAGGCGCAAGGCAAUUAAGCUGGCAGUCAGCAAGAAACCGAAGAAGCCCACAGCGAAAAAGACGCCCCCUCCUCCCCCUAAAAAGAAGGCAGAGAAAGCUAAAGUCAAGCCGGCACCUAAAAAGUAGGGGAUAAUAAAGUUAUAAGGAGACAA